GAUCCAUCGUUUUUUAAAGGCGAUGAAGUUCCCAGAGAAGUGGAAUAUACUAGCAGUGUGAGCAAGAGAGAGAGGGCACCUUUAGGAGGAGCUGAUUUGUCUUUAGUAGAAAUACGGACCCAUCAUUUCAUUCCAGAGACCAUGCUGACUAAAACCCCAUUAACAUACUCGCAUCUAAGUGUUAACAUCUCUGCUGUAACCCACACCACGGCUUUCAACAGCACGACCACCAGUGGCUGGGAUUUCUUCGGGCAGCUGCUUAACAAGAUCCCGUUGCCAAGAUGGGCGGUGUACACCAUCUUUGCCGCGGGACUGCUGCUCCUCCUGAUCUGCUGCCUCUGCGUCUGUGUGAAAUGCUGCUGCAAGGGGAAGAAGAAGAAGAAGAAGCAGGAGCAGCAGAUCAACCUGAAGGGUGUAAAUGGCUCCACCACCACCGCCCUGGUCCAGCCGGACAUGGAUGAUCUGGAGUAUGGAUCAGGUGACAAGCCGAGAGGAAGACUCCUGUACUCUCUAGAAUACAGAGGAGAAAACUCUGAGCUCACAGUAGGAGUGAAGGAGGCCGCGGAGCUGAAGGCCAUGGAUCUGGGAGGUACGUCUGACCCCUAUGUCAAAGUCUACACCCUCCCCGACAAGUCAAAGACCUGCGAGACCAAGGUGUUCAGGAAGACGCUCCAUCCCAUGUUCAACGAGUAUUUCAAAUUCCAGAUUCCAGUGGCUGAACUGAAUGAUUCCACCCUGGUCAUGCAGGUGUUUGACUUCAACAGGUUCACCAAGCAUGACAUCAUCGGCGAGCUGAGACUGCAGCUCGGCACCAUUGACUGGAACCAUGUGAUUGAAGAGUGGAGAGACCUGAGUGAGGCAUCCAAGUUUGAGCAGGAGAACCUGGGAGAGAUUUGCUUCUCCCUGCGUUAUGUCCCUACUACCGGCAAGCUGACUGUUGUUAUUCUGGAAGCCAAGAACCUGAAGAAGAUGGACGUUGGAGGGUCAUCAGACCCAUAUGUGAAAGUGCAGCUGGUCCUGGACAAGAGAAAGUGGAAGAAGAAGAAGUCAUCAGUGAAGAAGAGAACACUGAAUCCUUAUUUUAAUGAAUCAUUUAACUUCGAAGUUUCCUUUGAACAGAUACAGAGGGUCCAGCUGGUGAUCUCCGUGUGGGACCACGACAACAUAAGCCGAAACGACGCCAUGGGGAAGAUAUACCUGGGUUGCGAUGCCAGCGGUAACCAGCUGCGCCACUGGGCCGACAUGCUGUCCAACCCCCGCCGGCCCGUGGCCCAGUGGCACUCCCUGCUGUCCGCAGAGCAGGUGGACGCCGCCCUGGCUCUCAAACGCACCCUGAAGAUCCCCUUCAUCAAGAAAACCUUCUGAUAGGCCAGCGCAGACAUCUUAUCUUUACGCGGGGACACAUUUAUGGUUUGUCCAGGUUUCAUCAUUCCGAAUAUGUUACGUACCGUAUAUUUGCGUAUGCUUUCUGUACAUUUUAGGAUAUACAGUGUUAGAUUCCAUUCAAUUCGAUUCAAUUUAAUUCCAUUUUAUUUGGGUACUGUCACAGUGUGCUUGCUGAUAGGAAGAAACCUUGAGUAGAACCUGACUCAGCAGGGGGAACCCAUCAGGUGAUUCUAGUUUUCUCCAAAUGCAGUCUUAGGGGAAUGGAAAUUUCAGUUCCAUUCCCCUAAACCUGUUGCAUCUACACAUAAUUGGUAUUGUCCAUUUGUAACACUCUGGAAUGGUUCUUUUGCACACUGCAAGCAUUACUCCUCAUGGGAAGUAAAACUAAUCAUCUAAAUUCACUUCUGCAAGCUGACACACACACAC